AUGGCCCAGGAGCCUUCUCCUUUCAUCUCGAUAGGCACGUCAACGUAUCACGUCGCUCUUGAACAAAGGCUCGCCAACCUUUCGCCACAGCUAGUCAAGAGACUUGGCCGGUUCGACGACGACCUCAUCCCAUGUACUGCUAUAGAAUGGGCCGGGCCUGAGUUUUCCCCCUCCGAUCUCCAAACAACUUGCGAGAAAUUCGUCAAGAAUGACGAUGUCUGGUGCGAGGACUUUUUAUCAGUUGUGAUUCUAUUGCAGCCAAGUCAUUUGCAACAUGGUAUUAAGAGAAAACGUGUUUUCUCGGUCGACAAAUCCAAGCACAAAUUGACAGAUGGUCCGUUUGUGAUCUCGAGACCAACUGGGCACAUUUUUCCUGUCUUCAAAAUUCUCCCAGACACGCACAAGGCGUUCGUGAGUGGAAUCAUCCAAGAGACAACUUCAACGUCGAUCUCGCAUGAGCUUGUAACAUCAAAUGGAAUUGCUGUGCCUUCGAAGUUGUACAGUAUUCACGAUGAGAGACCACUUGCAGGUCUUCGAUUUGCCGUGAAGGACACCAUCGCUUUGAAGGGUACCAAGACAGGCUACGGAAACCGAGCCUGGUUUGAAAGCUGCUCUCCUGAGAGGCGGACUGCUCCGGCCACCAGACUACUUCUUGAUGCAGGUGCUGUACUGGUGGGCAAGCUGAAGACGACUGAAUUCGCCGAAGGCACAGAUCCUUGCGAAUGGCUUGACGACGAAUGUCCUUACAAUCCACGAGGCGAUGGCCAUCAGAAGCCUUCAUCAUCCAGUUCUGGAAGCGCCGUCGCAGCAGCAGCUUAUGACUGGCUCGACUUCACCGUUGGUACCGAUACUGGCGGGUCGAUUCGACAUCCGGCCGGUGUUCAAGGUCUUUACGGCCAGCGGCCUUCUCACGGCCUCGUCAGCCUGGAAGGUGUCCUGGGAGCCACCGACUUGUUCAAUACCGUGGGCAUCUUCGCUCGAGAUGUCGAGAUCUUCGCACGCGUAGGCUCUCACUUUGUCGAUCCCAUAGAGAAACCACUGCCUGUUGUUUCGAGAGGACGCAAAUACAACUUGCUCUAUCCGACUCGAGCCCCGCAGAUAGACAACCCGGACCAACACCACCACGGUCAGCAUCGUUGGUUCCCGCACCCGUCUGUAGAUUUUUCCUUCUGGACCGAAGCCGAGAAGAGAAUUGAGAGCGUCGUACAAGGUCUCGAGGCUCGGCUCAAUUGUGAAAGAAUAGCGUUCAACAUCAAUGAGCUCUGGCGCGCGACGCCUCCCCUCGGUCAACCUCGCUCCCUCGACGAGGCCGUGGGCUACGUCUACUCGGCCAUAACGACGGCGUCGGCGUACCACGGCGGGCUGGACAAGUUCAUACGGGACCACGUCGACGCACACGACGGAGCACCGCCCGGCAUGUCCCAAGUCGUCGGUCGCCGUCUCGAGCACGGUCGUUCCCUGCCUCCGCAGAAACUCGCCGAGGCGCUCGAAGCGAUGCAGGCGUUUCGGGAAUGGACCGAUACGACGCUGUUCGGGUCGUACGAUCAAGACGCCACGACGCUCUUGGUAUUUCCUCAAUCGUGCGGUCGUCCCGACUAUCGACACGAGGUUCCCGAUCGGACCGAGCUCUUCAAUGACAGCUUCAGCAUCUACUCUUUUGGUUAUCUGGUCGGGUGCCCCGAUUACACCAUUCCCGUGGCCGAAGUCCCCUACCACUCCGCCGUGACCGAUCGGCUCGAACACCUCCCGGUCUCAAUCAGCCUGGUCGGACGGCCUGGGUCGGACCUCGAGCUUUUCGACGCUCUUCGUCAAUUGCACCGCGCCGGCAUCGUCCGAGACGUCGCGGCCGGACCUCGAUUGUAUCCUGGUGAUACGCGUAAGCAAAGCAAGUAGACAAUGAUGUUUAUAAGCAUGGGGUGAGAACAAAUUGGAACUGGAGCGACCUUGUGGAAUUGGUGCGGUUAUUGAAAGGGUGAUCUUAUCUCGUAACGAAUGAAAUGGGCGAAUAUUCGGUGCUGUGGGUGUUGGGAGCUUUCAUGAGAGGAUUGCAAAAGAUGACCCCCUUGAGUACUUUGAUUUCCCGAUUACUUGUUUACAAUGAUGGCUUAGCGAUACUUCUGAGCAAGGAGGUUACGGUUGCGCCGUGUACGAGUAGACGAUGGACUCUUUUCAUUGAGCACAAGAUCGGGAUCGCUUGCUCGUCUUGCGUAGAUGGGUGAGCGAGCUCAACCUGGAGAAGAUCUCGAGUUGAUCGAAAACUUCACCGGAUGGCAGGAUCCGUUCCACUCAAUCCUAACAUGGCGACCUGUGCUCCGUAC